AUGCGGAGUGAAGAAGUUGCUGAAGAAGAUGUAGGUUGGAAAGAUUGCCGAAGUGAAAAAGCAAAGAGACAGAGCUCUGAGGUGAUUUCAAAUUUUGAAAGGUACGAUGUGACUCCUGACACAUCUGACACCUGGGAAGGCUGCUCUGACACGCCGCCUGAACCUGACAGAUGUCCCCUCACAUCUCAUAAAGAUCGGGGAUUAACGCAGAGUACCGGGAAGAAAAACAAUGGCGCAGGUUCUGAGCCAGAGGCCUCCGUUGCCGACCCUGCACUACCGGAAAUCAUCACCGCCCCGCAAAAACUCAGCUCGCAAUCAACUAACCAGCUACAACAACUCAGCACGAGUCAACCCCACCUGGGCAUCUCUUCAGCAGAGCCUCCAAUGCAACGGCAGAUUUUCUUGCCUAUUUUCCAACAAUCGCAAACAGAUGGAGACUGGGGGAGGGUGGCAAGUGCAAAAGUGGACCAGAUUUCGAAUCAAAGUCCAAACCAUGAGUGGUGUGAAUAUUUGUUCACAGCAAUAUUUAUCAUAUGCGAGGAGGAGGCUAGAAAAGCUUUAGAAAGUGCCCUUGGGGGAAAAAAGACUGAGUUUGAGAAAUGGGACAAAGAACUUAAGCGAAGAGAACAGGCAGGUGGAGGAGGUAAUUCUGGGAGAGGAGGUUGGUUUAGAUGGUUUGGUGGGUCUGAUGAUGACCAUUUCUGGGAAGAGGCGCAGCAGACUAGUCUCACAAUUUUAGGUAUUAUUGGCAUGUAUCUGAUUAUUGCAAAGGGUGAUCUGAUGAUUGCCGUUGUUCUCAAUCCUUUGUUGUUUCUUCUGCGUGGAACAAGGAAUGGGCUUACCUUCUUAACAACUCUAGUCAGGGAAAAGUUAAAUUCAGUUACAAAUCCUAGUCUUCGUACAGUUCAACAGAGGCAAAUUUCUGCCCCCGUUUCUGCUAGAGAGAGUGUAAUGAAGAAAUGGGGAAGUAGUUGAUUGCUUGGUCCGCCUGCAACAGCAAUUUUGGUUCUCUAAGAGUCCUUCCUUUAAUUAUAUUGGUCUUUUUAAGAUACUUGUCACUUUUUUUUCUGAAGAUAUAGCACCACUAUGCAAAUAGGAUUUCCCUGCUAGGUGCCCCUGGUCCUCUGACAGAAGGCUCAUAGGAUCAGUUCCGUCUCUUGUAAUGGUGAAGUCAUAUUCCCAAUCAAGCUGAAUGCAAAUGGCUUUUCAUUGUUGUUAGUUUAUGUUAUUAGUGGAAUUUGCCUCCAA